CAAAGUUUCAAUUCUCUUUCCCAUUUUUAAAAAUUUCGAAGACUAAACUCGCAGAGUCGCAGUCUCACCAAAUCAAAUCCAUUCACUCUUACUGCUCACAUCUUCCACCAUGUACGAUCCUCACCACUUGGUGGAUUCGCUCGAAUCCGGAAGUGGAAGAUUCGGUGGAGACGGAACAGAUCCCCGGUCAUGGCUUUCCGGCGACGCCCACUCGCCGCCGCCGGCGUCUUCCUUUCACCGCCGUGCUGAUUCUUCUUUCUCUGCAGCUUCUGUUGCAGCUGCUGCCAAUGUUGACCCUACUAUCGUCAACGAGUUAGUAGAGAUGUUCCCUCUUGUUCAGUAUCUCAUUGAUCAGAAACAAAAUACUUCGUUUACACGCAGGGGAUCGGUGAUCUACACAAAGACACCUUCAAGAGAAUCUUUAUAUAAAAAGGCCCCUGGAGCAAAAGGAAGAAAUACAACUCAAUCAAUUUCUCGAAAAAAGAAAAAGGAAAAUGUUGGGGAAGACUUGUCAUUGAGGUCUUCCAUAGCAGAGAAGGAAAGAGAAGAACUUCUUGCAUUAAGGGACCAAGUAGAGGACCUACAGAAAAAACUGUUGGAGAAAGAUGAACUACUUAAAGAAGUUGAGAAUUCAAAGAUUGAGAUUGCUUCCCUCCAUUCCAAACUAGAUGGGAUUCAGAAGGAAUUUGACGAAAAAGACUCUUUACUCAGAUCCACUCAAAUCCAGCUCUCUGAUGCAAAGAUAAAAUUAGCUGACAAACAAGCUGCUGUGGAGAAAUUAGAAUGGGAGGCAACAACUUCCACCAAGAAGGCAGAGAAACUCCAGAGAAAUCUAGAUGUAGUGCAAGAUGAAAUUUCAUUGUUUAUGAAGUUUGUAGGAGAGUUGACAAAGAAUAAGAUGACACAUACUGAAGAUGAUUAUCAUGUUAGUUGUCCCUGGGAUGACCAGUUGAAUGAAAUGGAUAAUCUGAAAGAGGUGGAAAUGCAAAAAGUGGAGGCAGCAAGGGAAACUUAUGUUGCUGCACUUGCUGCUGCUAAAGAAAAGAGAGAUGAGUCAUCCAUGGCGGCAGCUUCUGCUGCAAGAAAACAGCUGCAAUCACUACUAGGUUUAUUCUGACAAUGAGGAAACAACACAAUCUAAUAUCCUAAUUCCCACAUAUUUGUGUGUGACAUCAAUUAUUGUAGAAAAAAGAAAGCCCAACUUAAAUAUUUAGCUUCUUUUAUUCAAUGUAAUCUUGAGAUACUCUUUUUGUUUCCUUUUGGUUGGUCAAAUGUACUACUCAUCACAAGAUCAUUAUAUCAACCACCAUUUGUAACUUUGUAUCAUACGACUCCUCUCUUAUUAAUGGACGCC